UGCGUCAUGGAGACGGUGGGCAGAUUCGAGUUCAGUCGGAAGGACCUGAUAGGACAUGGCGCAUUUGCGGUCGUAUUUAAAGGCAGACACCGAGAGAAACAUGACUGGGAGGUGGCAGUAAAAUGCAUCAACAAGAAGAACCUGGCCAAAUCUCAGACACUGCUUGGGAAGGAGAUCAAAAUACUUAAGGAACUCAAGCAUGAAAACAUUGUUGCUUUACUGGACUUUCAGGAAACCGCGAGCUCAGUGUACCUAGUAAUGGAGUACUGUAACGGUGGUGACCUUGCCGACUACCUACACUCAAAAGGCACACUGAGCGAGGACACAAUUCGCGUUUUCCUGCAGCAGAUUGCAGGUGCAAUGAGAGUCCUGCAGGCAAAAGGCAUCAUCCACAGGGACCUCAAACCCCAGAACAUUUUGCUCUCUUACCCACCAGGGCGCAAAUCCCACUCCAACAACACCUGCAUCAAAAUUGCUGACUUUGGUUUUGCCAGGUACCUUCAGAACAACAUGAUGGCGGCAACCCUCUGCGGGUCUCCAAUGUACAUGGCACCAGAGGUCAUCAUGUCCCAAAACUAUGAUGCUAAGGCAGAUUUGUGGAGCAUCGGGACCAUUGUGUUCCAGUGUCUGACUGGGAAGGCUCCUUUCCAGGCUAGUAGCCCCCAGGAUCUUAGGAUGUUUUAUGAGAAAAACAAGAAUCUGAGCCCCAACAUUCCCAGAGAGACUUCCAGUCAUUUGAGGCACCUCCUACGGGGCUUGUUGCAGCGCAAUCACAAGGAUCGCAUGGACUUUGAUGAGUUUUUUUCACACCCUUUCUUAGAAGCUACAAGCUCAUCCAUAAAAAAGACAACUCCAACGGUAACCAUGACCUGCUUUCCAAGUUCUGCUUCAGCCAGCUCAUGCAGCAGCUCCUCCACUUCACACCUGGCCUCUCCACCGCAGUCUCUUGGUGAUGCCCAACAUUUGCGUGCAAAAGCGAUGGCCUCCCCCACCCAAGAGGCCACUGGGUUUCACCUCAAGGAUUCAUCCGGAGGAGGCGGCAGCAGCAAGAACUCCUCCUCCUGUGACACAGAUGACUUUGUCAUUGUGCCAGCUCAUUUUAACACGGCUGAGUUGACGAGUGAGAGUAAAGUGCUGCAGGACAGUCUCAUGAACAGCGGCUCUCUUCUGAAUUCUGCUGGUUUGUGUGUCCAAGCCAAAUCCCCGCCACACUCUCCCUCCUAUAGUGGUUCCCCCAGUCGUGUCAGGUCCAGUGAUUCUUCGGGGAAUAACUAUGCUGGCACAAGUGGAAACCAUGGUCACUCCCUGCCCAUCCCAGUUCCUACUCAGGUGCACAACUACCAGCGCUUGGAGCAACAGAUCUAUACUACCAAACAGGAAAGCUCACCCAGGCUGUCCACUCUGGUGCAUCGUUGUAGCAGUGGAAGUCCGUUGGGCUUUGCAAGGACUGGGCCCUCCCCACCUUACGGAACAGUGGCCAACACCCGAAGGCUGUCGCUGGGAGGAGCAAGACCAUUUCAACUCUCCCCUCAAGCAGCACAGCAAGCGGAAUCCAGGUCAGCAGCUCAGAGGCACUCCCCAGUCGCCACAGGCCUGGGGACACGGCUCCACAGUGCCCCCUGUCUUUUGGAGUGUAAUGCUGGUGGCGGCCGACAAAAGAUCCGAAAGCAGCAUUCAGACCCAGUGGUGGUCCCCACGGCAGGCAUGAUGACUGUUCGCCCCUUGCACUCUUCCCCCCGCCUCAGUGAGCUUAUGCAGCGAAGCCCACUGCCCACCAUCCUGGGCUCCCCAUCAAGAACUAUGCCUCCAUUUGAAUUCCCCAAACCCCCCAGCUCUCCAAACCUUGUCAACUUCCUGACACAGCAAGGCUUGGUCGUAGGCUCUCCCAGCAACAAGACUGUGCAAACCGAGCCCAGGGACAGUGGACAGCUCGUGCCCACGCAGUGCCCCCAGCCUUCACACUGCAUCCACAGAAUGAAUGAUGAUACCAGGGGGAUUGGAAGAUCUCAAAGCGCCGGCCUCCUAUCUGACAUGUUGCUGAUGGCAGCAUUUGGAACAGGUGGAACAGUCAGUGACCGGGGCAGCACAGAGAACCUGGUCUGUGAAAAAGCUAUAGACAUCGCAGUGCCCUCAGGUGGUGUCCUAUGUCCUGGGCCGGGCUCCUGUAGUCCAGCACAGGUGGUGUUCACCAUCGGCUCCCCUCCUAGUGGCAGCACCCCACCUCAGGCCUGCAGACAGAGGAAAUACUCAGGCUCGUUUGCAUCAGUCAGCCCCGCUGGCUCGUUCACUAGCCGAUAUGCCCAGACGGCGACCUACGGCGACGGCUUUGAGGCUUCUUCCAGCCCUCGUUACAAUUUUUUUGAUCCCAUCACAGCCAACAUGGGUGGACGUAUAACCUUCGAGGCCCCGGAGCUUCCUGAAGAGACUUUGAUGGAGCAGGAACACACGGACACCGUGCAGAGCCUGCGCUUUACGCUAGAUUUUGCUUGCUGUCUGAUGGAGGUGGCCGGUGCCCGUGGCAUUGCAUUGAUGGGGCUCCCGGGUGACGCUUCGAACCCUAACUACUUACAGCAGCAGAGCCUGGUGGCAGAUCAGAUAAGCUCACUGAGCCGAGAGUGGAGUCAUGCAGAACAGCUGGUUCUUUACCUUAAGACUGCAGAAAUUUUAUCUACUGCAAUACAAACGGCCAUGGAGCGAGUGAAACAAGGCAAACUUUACCCGUCGAGUACAGUCAAACAAGUUGUGAGGAGGCUAAAUGACCUGUACAAGUCCAGUGUGGCAUCAUGCCGCUCUCUCAGCACGCGUCUGGAACGCUUCUUUUCCAAAAAACAUCGACUAAUGGACAAAAUCACCUCCAUUACGGCUGAGAGGCUGCUCUUUAGCCACACUGUGCAGAUGGUUCAGUCUGCUGCUCUAGAUGAGAUGUUUCACCAGGGUGAGGCAUCAAUCCACCGCUACCACAAAGCCCUCCUUCUGAUGGAGGGCCUCUCUAUGCUUCUCACAGAACAGGCAGACAUUCUCAGUGUCAGCAAAUGUAAAGAGUGUAUCGAGCGGCGUCUCACAGCCUUGCAGUCCGGGCUCUGUGUUUGA